AAAAGCCACCACACCUGCAAUUCUGUCUCUUGUGAACAGCUUGGGAUUAUACUUAAAAUGUUUCUAAACAUAACAAACACCAGUUUGUCACACAUGACGUUCACUAGUUGAUAUCUGAGACACAGUCCAUGUUAUUUUACUUUAUUUUUAUUAUACAUCCACAAGUGCCCACCACCAGAGAACAUAAGCAAAAACACAUUCACACUGGAAUGAAACAACGAGACAACUGGAUAUGAAGAUUGCGCGUGAGGACAGUCAUUUACUCUCAUCAAAACCAUCACGCAUAAAAUGCUGCCUUCCGUUGGACGAAGAAGAGCCUUUUUUUCACUCUUGUUCGAGUAUGGUGGUUUUCACUUCCUUCCUCGGUCUGAAUUCUUUGAUGUUACUUUCGGUAAACAUAUACACAGCAUCACAAAUUACAACUUUAGAAAGGCACUUCAAUUUACGAAGUUCGUAUAUUGGAUUCCUGUUCAUCGCUAAUCAAAUUGGAUCUAUCCUAUCUCUAAUAGCGUUUAUUUACAUGUCUAAAGACUUACACCGACCGACAUUUUUAGCGUUCAGUGGCAUCUUUUCCGGAAUUGGAUUUUUAAUAUGCGCUCUGCCAUAUUUUAUGACGUCUGUUCCAAAACAUGACUCCAACCAUAGCACAAAUCUUGUUUCAACCCUGUCCUCUACACUUAGCAACUCUCGUGUUCCCUGUAGUCAUGAAUACGACCAACAAUCAAAACAUGCCGACAUAGUGGGCUAUUACAUCAUGUUGGCUGCAAUGAUAUUCAUUGGUAUCUGUAGGGGACCAACAGAACCGAUAUCAAUCGUACAUAUCGAUGACAAUGUGCCUCCUGUUUCCUUCAGUUGUUACAUGACCUUAGCAGGACCGUUAUCAGUCGUUAGUUCAUCAUUAGUAUCCAUCCUGGGAAGUUUUGUAAGCAGAGUAUAUAUUACCUUGCGAGCAACAAAGCUUAACCCGAGCGACGCAGAUUGGGUUGGAGCCUGGUGGCUUGGUUUCGUCAUUUUAGGGAUCAUGAUCAUAUUCUUCUCACUUCCAUUGUUCAUAUACCCACGCCAGAAUCCUUACGAAUGCACCAAAUCUAUCCCACUGAAGGAAAAGUUCAAUUCCAUUUUUACCCAGUUUCGAAACCCUGUGCUGAUGGGUCUGACUUUGAACACUUGCAUAAUGGCAUUGAACGUAUGUGGUUCCGUUGCUUUCAUCCCCAAAUAUAUAGAGACUCAGUAUAACUGGCCCACUUGGAAAACCAAUUUAUGUUUAGGAACCAUUGCUAUAUUUAUGACGACACUCGGCUCAGGUAUAUGUAGUUCAAUAACAACUUACGGGGAAAUGGACACAAGGUGCUGUAUGAGAAUUUCUGUCGCAUUGCAAUUCCUGGAGAUGGUCGUUGUGUGCAUGUGUCUGAACCGGUACUGCGGAGAAGAAACAUUUGUUACCACGUACAGAAAGAACAAUGACACUAUUUUGCGCGUCAAGACAGAAGCAAAUGUUCAGAGCUCAAUUACAAUAUAUUGCUUAGAACAUGAAUGUCCAGAUGACGAAUACAUACCAGUAUGUGGUGAAAACGGUAUGUCAUUCAAAUCUCCAUGCUCAGCGGGCUGCAGUUACGACGAUUUGAAACAGGAAAAGUAUUUCAACUGUACAUGUGCAGGAACUAAUCAGUUUGCCAUCCAUGGUAGAUGCCUAACCCACUGCGAUGGUGCCAUUUAUACGAUGGUUUUAUUGGCUCUACGUUGCUUUUUAAUUGGAGCGAUUUUAAGUGCGAUGGCGUCCGUGAAAGUUAGUUGCAUCUCCAAAACAGACAGAACGGUAGCAAUGUCGAUCAUGACUCUGUUCUCCAGCCUCUUCGUUAUGUGGUGAGUUAUUAAAUAUUACGUAACAUCAACAACUAUGCCUACUUUCCACAGCCUCAGACUUCUAGCCGAGAGUGGAUCUCGCGGAACAGCUAAAGUUCACAAAUCACAUCAUACCAACAACUCUCCACUCAGGAUAUAGCGAUCUUCUCAAAUUCCACAGAGCAAGUGAUCAGGUGGCAACUGAUUGGGCCCUGGGAAGGACAUAUGGAGGUGGUUCAUGAGAGGAAGCUUGCCGAAUACCAGGAGCUGGUAAAGCAAGGAAGAAACCAGGUCUGGUAGGAACGUUGUGAGACAACUGAAGUUGGCUGCCAGCGGUUUGUGGGGCGUUCAUUCUGUGAAACUCUGACUAAGCUUGGGAGUAGUACUACUGCAGCAAAGAAGGCCAUAAAUUUCAUCACUGAAAUUGCAGAAAAGGCUACUAGAUGGCUUUGGACAAAGAGGACAGACCGAUGGUUCGCUGUUAACGGGGUGCAAGAUAAGUCAACUGGGCAAGAGGGUCUGAUGCAAAAAGACUUGAAACCGCCUGAAACCCCAGAAACAUGAUGGAGCUCAGAGUAUACGUGAGAUGUAUCUCGGAAUUAAUUAUUGAUUGUUUAAAAGUUGGUACAAGCAUAGAUAUUGUUACAGGAAUGAUAUAAUUGAUUGCUAAUCUUUAUUUUAAUGACAUUUGGGUAAUGGAAACAAAAUUGCACAAUUAUUAACCCAUCUUACAUAGAUUUCUCAGAAGUAAAAUUCUUAUGGACUGUUCUGGACAUUUUUGUUUAUAGAAAUAUACUAUGAAAGUUACUUUAUAAAUGUAUAUUUUUUCCUAUUUAAACUAUUUGUGAUUUUAACCUACUUCUGUCUGUGAGGUUGGCCAACUUUUACAAACUGCCUUUUGCGCUGUUUUUAUUUUUCCCUACACGUUGACUCUAUUUCCUGUAAACCUUAUGGUGGCAGUCAGAGAAUUUGUUACUUGAAAUUUAAUGCCGAAGCAACAAACACAAAACACACGCACUUUUUAGAGAGUGUAUGAAAUGAACAGGAUGGAGAAGGAAAACCUUUAACAGAGACAUGACCUGACAGCCACAUCAAGUUGUCUUACAUGUCAUCAAAUAAUUUGCAGAUGUUCUGUUUAUGUCUUAAGUAAAAGACACAUUUCUCAUCGUCGAAAAAACAAGACGGAUUUCUCAUGUGAAAAGUUCAACCUUUAAUAACUGGAUUCAAUUUGCAAAGAAGUAAAUGAUAAAGCCAAAGUUCUUAACUAUACUUAGCUCACCUACCUUCAUUAACCACCCUUUCAUCAACUGAACACCAACUUCGUUCCGACCUCCACCCCACCCUCGCUCAAAUUCUAUUUCCUCUCUGGUUUGACAUCCUCUCGAUAAUAACACGUGCGUGGUUAUGUGGUCUCCAGAUUUGCUAAAAAUAAGAGCCACAUAUCCUUCAAAUCAUAUCUAGGGAUUGUCACGGCUGGAAUGCUUUUAGUCAUGGGUCUACUCGAUCAAGUCUGACCAGUGGCUAAAAAAAA